AUGCGAGCGCGAAGCGCGAAGCCCCCUACGGCGUGGGAGCUGGUUACAUCAGACAAACAUCAACCACUUCUGAUUGGAGAUUUCAACAUUCAAGUUGAUAAUGUCUCCAACAAAGACUCAAAGACGUUUUCCGACAUCCUGUAUGCAGCUAGACUUCAACAACAUGUCUGUGAUGUUACGCAUCAAGCCGGACACACCCUUGACCUUGUGAUCACCAGGAAAGAUGGACAUCCUCUACUUGAUACGUCAUGUGUCUCAGGACUACCUUCCGAUCACAAGGCUGUUGUCUGUUCAGUUAAUUUUGCUCGUUCACAGUGUCCCAAGAAACUGAUUAAAUGUCGUAAGGUGAAAGAUAUAAAUUUGGACCAGUUUUGCGCAGACUUACGUAAAUCCAUAUCGGCAUUACCCAGCAAAUCAUGUCCAUCUGAACUCGCAGUGCAAGUUAAUACUGUACUUCAGGAACUGAUGGACAGUCAUGCUCCCGAGAAGACUAUCCAGGUAUCCCAAAGACCAUUUGCACCUUGGUACGAUGACAAUGUGGCAGAAUCCAAACGCCAAAAACGUCGUGCAGAGCGUCGUUCAGCGAAAACUGGAUUGAUGAUCGACAAAGAACUAUACAAAGAAGCGUGCAGAUCCUACAGCAAGACUCUAUUCCAAUCGAAAUCGCAAUAUAUGAAGCAGGAAAUUGAACAGCUCAACAACAAAGGGCUCUUUCAAUUCGUACACAGACUUUCCACCCAAUCAUCAUCCCGAACCUUGCCGAAGCAUGACUCAGACAAGAAACUGGCUAAUGACUUUGGAAUGUUCUUCUACAGUAAAGUCCAGAGCAUUGUGAACAAACUUAGUAGCCAGUCAAUGUCUGAGGAAGGUUCAACAAAACUCCAGCUGCAGGCCAGGUUUUCAGAAUUCCAAACGGUGUCUGAGGAUGUCGUAAGGAGAGCCAUCAAGCAAAGCCCGUCCAAGUCUUGUCGCCUGGACCCAGCCCCGACUUGGCUUGUCAAGACCUGCCUCGAUGAGAUGUUGCCCCUCAUCACUCGGGUUAUCAACCUGUCAUUGUCAACUGGAAUAGUCCCAUGUAUUUUCAAAACUUCUCACAUAACACCUGUUCCAAAGAAAUCUCUCCAGGAUCCUGAUGACCUUGCCGGUUACAGACCUAUUGCCAACCUGAUGUUCCUCUCAAAGAUCUUGGAAAAGAUUGUUGACAAUCAACUGCGUGCUUAUCUUCGAGAGCACAACCUGUUUCCAGCCAUGCAAGCGGCAUAUCGUGCAAAUCACUCGACAUAG